GAGGCUGCACGGGCAGACCUACAAGGCUGCGCAAACAGAGCGGGGAUGAGAUUCUGCUGUUUCUUUGUCUGGGGCGCUCAGAUGCUAUCAGCUGCUGCCGUUUGCUGGGAGCGCAGGGCUCAAGGCGGUCUCUAAACUGCGCCAGAGGAGCUGAUGGCUCCGAGUUUGGGGCGAGGUAGAAACUCUCCAGUGCCACUUCCGACUUUAAGCCUUCCUGUUGCCGGCCACUGUGGCGGUUUUCUUUCUGGGGACAGCGUUUUCGCGCAGUCGCUCGGCAGCCCGAGCCUGCAGCAGCGGCCAGGCGGCUGUCCCCGCGGCCCGGCUCUGCCCUGCAGACGCGCUCCGCUUCCAGAAGCGCCCGGCUGCUCCGCGAGCUCCUAAGAGCCCUCCCGCGUCCUUGUCCAGGAGCAAAACUAUGUCAGGAAUGGAGGUUUGCUAAACCAGAAAAUUCGAAGGAGAGCAUUAAACUGGUGGAUGCUGCAGAUGUAAGCGCUGUGCAAACACCUCAAACCAGUUCAGAUGUUGCUGUUUCCUCAAAUUGCAGGUCUAUGGAAAUGCAGGAUCUAACCAGCCCGCAUAGCCGUCUGAGUGGUAGUAGCGAAUCCCCCAGUGGCCCCAAACUCGAUAACUCUCAUAUAAAUAGUAAUUCCAUGACUCCCAAUGGCACCGAAGUUAAAACAGAGCCAAUGAGCAGCAGUGAAAUAGUUUCAACAACAGCAGACGGGUCUUUAGACAAUUUCUCAGGUUCAGCAAUUGGGAGCAGUAGCUUCAGCCCCAGACCAAGUCACCAGUUCUCCCCACCACAGAUCUACCCCUCCAAAGCAUACCCACAUAUUCUCCCUACCCCUUCCUCACAAACUAUGGCUGCAUAUGGGCAAACACAGUUCACCACAGGAAUGCAGCAAGCGACCGCCUACGCCACCUACCCACAGCCGGGACAGCCGUACGGGAUUUCCUCCUAUGGCAUCAAGACUGAAGGUGGAUUGUCGCAGUCUCAGUCACCUGGACAGACAGGAUUUCUCAGCUACGGCACGAGCUUUGGUACCCCUCAGCCUGGACAGGCACCGUACAGCUACCAGAUGCAAGGUAGCAGUUUUACGACGUCAUCAGGAUUAUAUACAGGAAAUAAUUCACUCACAAAUUCCUCUGGAUUUAACAGUUCACAGCAGGACUAUCCAUCUUAUCCCAAUUUCGGCCAGGGUCAGUAUGCACAGUAUUAUAACAGCUCACCGUACCCAGCACAUUAUAUGACUAGCAGCAAUACCAGCCCAACCACACCCUCUACAAAUGCCACCUACCAGCUUCAAGAACCACCAUCUGGCAUCACCAGCCAAGCAGUUACAGAUCCCGCAGCAGAGUACAGCACGAUCCAUAGCCCUUCCACGCCCAUUAAAGACUCGGACUCCGAUCGAUUACGUCGAGGUUCAGAUGGGAAGUCUCGUGGACGAGGCCGAAGAAAUAAUAAUCCUUCACCUCCCCCGGACUCUGAUCUUGAGAGGGUGUUCAUCUGGGACUUGGAUGAGACCAUCAUCGUUUUCCACUCCUUGCUUACUGGAUCCUACGCCAACAGAUACGGGAGGGAUCCACCCACUUCAGUUUCCCUUGGACUGCGAAUGGAAGAAAUGAUUUUCAACUUGGCAGACACACAUCUAUUUUUUAAUGACUUAGAAGAAUGUGACCAAGUUCAUAUAGAUGAUGUCUCUUCAGAUGAUAAUGGUCAAGACCUAAGCACAUAUAACUUUGGAACAGAUGGCUUUCCUGCUGCAGCCACCAGCGCUAAUUUAUGCCUGGCAACCGGCGUGCGCGGCGGUGUGGACUGGAUGCGGAAGCUGGCUUUCCGCUACCGACGAGUAAAAGAGAUCUACAACACCUACAAAAACAAUGUUGGAGGUCUGCUGGGUCCAGCCAAGAGGGAAGCCUGGCUGCAGCUGAGGGCUGAGAUCGAAGCCCUGACAGACUCCUGGUUGACACUGGCCCUGAAAGCACUCACGCUCAUUCACUCCCGGACAAACUGUGUGAAUAUUUUAGUAACAACGACUCAGCUUAUCCCAGCAUUGGCGAAAGUCUUGCUCUAUGGAUUAGGAAUUGUAUUUCCAAUAGAAAACAUUUACAGUGCAACUAAAAUAGGGAAGGAAAGCUGUUUCGAGAGGAUAAUUCAGAGGUUUGGGAGGAAAGUGGUGUACGUCGUCAUCGGCGACGGCGUGGAAGAGGAGCAAGGAGCGAAAAAGCAUGCCAUGCCCUUCUGGAGGAUCUCCAGUCACUCGGACCUCAUGGCCCUGCACCACGCCUUGGAACUGGAGUACCUGUAACCACCGUCGAGCACUUUGAAACCGCACGACUGCCCUGCGACCAGGACCGAAUCGAGCAGGCCUGAGUCCGUCCGCGCCAGACAAGCAAACUUACCGAUUUCACCGUGGGGACGCCCCGCUGCUGUCAGUCGGUCUUCACCUCUGCCCUUGGGGUCCAUGAAGGACCACGUCUCUUUCUUCAGAACAGCUGUUGACUCCAGUACUGUGAAUCCCAAGAAAAUAAGCCAUGAGAAUGUUCUAGCACAGUGUAAUGUGUCUUUGCCACAUUAACUACACGGUUCAAACCUGUGAAGAAAAGACCUGCAGACAGACGCCUGAGAUUUUAGCAUCUUCGAUGUGACGUGAACAGCUUCUCCAGUAGAGCGAACUUGAUUGCACA